CCAUCGGUUAGAUUUUUAAACUUUAUUUACUUUUCGAUGAAAAAGUUAAAUUUUCUUAUUAGAAAUAUUUCAAAUAAUUCUUUCAUUAUAUGUGCAAAUAUUAGCAAAAAAUAUUUUAGCUCAUCUAAAUUAAUAAAUUUUAAUCAACAAAAUAUCAAAGAGACAAAUUUAAAAAUAAUAAGGAAUUCUCAUAUUACCCAAACAAAAAUGUUCAGUAUGGAAAAUGGAUCAAAGCAUGACAAUGAAUUAGAAUAUAUAGAUAAAGAAAAAAAGUUGGCAAUCUUAAAAAUGGAAUAUGAACUUUUAAAAUUUGAUAUGUCAUCACGAAUUAAUACUUCUGAUAAUCCUGAUACAUUUAUACCAGACGAAGAAACCCAUAAUAAUUCAAGCACUAGCCAUUCCUAUUCUGUCCAUAAAGUGCCAUCAGUUGUUACAGAUAUUCAGUGGGAAAAUCUUUUAAAUCUACCAUCAAAACAACAAAGAGUUAAAUAUUAUCGGUAUUUAUUUAAAAAUGAAAUGUCAACAGCCAAUUAUAAGGCUAAAAAAGAUAAACAAGUUAAAAAAAGAUAUGAAAUUAGAAAAUCUGUUUUAGAUGAACAAGCUGGUCAUAUUCUUUAUGGUUUAAAAGAAAAUAGUAUGUUUUUCUACAUUAGAGAAGCAAAAAUGAAAAACUUUUUUGCACAUAGAUUGGCAUUAAAUAAAGUAAUAGGUGAACCCAAUUUGGUGUUAGAUAUGGAAUUUGAUAAACACAUGAAUUUAUAUGAAAAGGGUGAAACAGCUAAUCAAAUUCGUGAAAUGCAUCAUCUUAAUAGAUCAAAUAAACAACCUUUUAAUAUAUUAUUCUGUAAUUGUCAUAAAAUGAAUCCAAAUCAAAAUAGUAAUGGUCAAAUAUCUACAAAGUCUGAAUCUUUAUUAGAUAUAAUUCAAAAACGUAUGGUUGACAUUGAAAAUGCAUUUAUAGAAGCAACAGAUAAAUCUUAUUUAGAUUUAUUUCCGCACGAAAAUCUGAUAUAUCUUUCACCAAAUGCACCGAAUUAUAUGGAAGUAUAUGAUCCUUUUGCGACUUAUGUGAUAGGUGCCUUAGUUGAAAAGAGUUCUAGCAAACCUUACUCAUUAGCGAAAGCGAAAAGGGAAAAAGUUAAAACGUAUAAAUUGCCAAUAGAUCGUUAUUUAAGAUGGGGUUUGGGUAAGAAAGAUUUACCCUUAAAUCACGUUAUGGGGAUAUUAUUGGAUAUUAAAAAUACGGGAGAUUGGAAUGUCGCUUUGAAGCAUAUUCCGCGUAGAAAAUUAUACAAUUACCAGGAUAAUACCGAUAUUCAAGACAAACGAUUUAAAAAUAUUCUAAAAUUUUGAAUUAAAAUAGAUUUUUAUAUAGUUUUAUAUUAUACGCAAAUAUUUUUUUAAAAAAAAUGUAAAUAAUGUGAUUUACAAACAAGAGCUGGAUUUAAAGUGAAAAAAAUUCCCCCGCUUUAAGGUUCGUGUUUUGACUCCUAUUUUCUAAACAGAAAUCUGUUUAGCCUUCUAUAU